GCGGGGGUGGCUUUCGGGGGUCACCCCUGACCUUCCCAAGCUCGGCCGAGCGAGCUUGGCCGGAGCCCCAUGGCCCCCAAGUUUGCGAGGCUGCCCCGUUAAAAACAUCCUCCGCUGGGCCGGGCCGGACCGGACCGGACCCCCGGCCCGGCGCUCCUGGCAACGAGCAGCCGGCGUUGGUGUACAAUCUGCGGCCCGAAGCGGCGCCCUAGGGGCCUUCCGUCCGCCCUCCCGCCCCGGGCCGAGGGAAAAGUUGCCUGGGGAGGCUGGAAACUUGAGAAACGAAGGGGUGGAAGCCUGAGUUUCGACCUAUGUUCCACCUUCAUCCAGCUGCCUGAGAGGAUUUUAUGAUCACAUGAUCCUGGACAUGGACGCUGUCCUGUCAGAUUUUGUCCGUUCCACAGGAGCAGAACCAGGCUUGGCCCGUGAUCUUUUGGAAGGAAAAAAUUGGGAUGUAAGUGCAGCCCUCAGUGAUUUUGAACAGCUUCGUCAGGUCCAUGCUGGGAACCUGCCCCCACCCUUCAGUGAGGGUCGUGGUGGCCCCAGACCCCCUGAGAAGGGACCUCCUGAAAGGGAGCCCACUCGUCCCCCCCGGCCCACCCUUCAUCGUCAGGAUGACAUUAUCCAAGAGAAACGUUUGUCCCGGGGCAUCUCUCAUGCCAGCUCCAGCAUCGUUUCCCUAGCCCGUUCCCAUGUCUCCUCUAGUGGUGGAAGUGGGGGAAGCAGUGAACACCCCCUGGAGAUGCCUAUCUGUGCCUUCCAGCUCCCAGACCUCACUGUCUUCACUGAAGAGUUCCGCAGCUUCAUCGAGAGGGACCUCAUUGAACAGUCCAUGUUGGUUGCCUUGGAACAAGCAGGGCGUCUAAACUGGUGGGUAAGUGUGGACCCUACCUGCCAAAGACUCCUGCCUCUAGCAACAACAGGAGAUGGAAAUUGCCUCCUGCAUGCAGCCUCUCUUGGGAUGUGGGGUUUCCAUGAUCGGGACCUAAUGCUCCGUAAGGCACUUUAUUCACUGAUGGAGAAGGGAAUAGAGAAGGAAGCACUAAGACGCCGUUGGAGGUGGCAACAAACACAGCAGAAUAAGGAGUCUGGGCUUGUGUAUACAGAGGAGGAAUGGCAGAAGGAGUGGAAUGAGCUCAUCAAGCUUGCUUCAAGUGAACCCAGAAUGCAUAUAGGUACCAACGGAGCCAGCUGUGGAGGGGUGGAAAGUUCUGAAGAACCUGUAUAUGAGAGCCUGGAAGAGUUCCAUGUCUUUGUUCUUGCACAUGUGCUUAAGAGGCCAAUUGUCGUCGUGGCAGACACCAUGCUUAGGGACUCAGGAGGAGAAGCAUUUGCUCCAAUCCCCUUUGGGGGAAUCUAUCUGCCCUUGGAAGUCCCAGCCAGUCGGUGUCACAGAUCACCCCUGGUGUUGGCCUAUGAUCAGGCUCAUUUCUCUGCCCUGGUGUCUAUGGAACAGAAAGAGAACUCCAAGGAACAAGCAGUGAUCCCACUCACAGACUCCGAGCACAAACUGCUACCCUUGCACUUUGCAGUGGACCCUGGAAAGAGCUGGGAGUGGGGCAAGGAUGAGAGUGACAACGUCAGGCUGGCCAGUGUGACCCUGUCCCUGGAGGCAAAAUUACACCUGCUACAUAGCUACAUGAAUGUGAAAUGGAUCGCUUUACCUUCUGAUGCCCAGGCUCCUUUGGCCCAGCCUGAGUCCCCCACAGCCUCAGCUGGGGAUGAAGCCCGCUCUACCCCAGAAUCAGGGGAAUCUGACAAGGAAUCUGUUGGCAGCAACUCUACCAGCAACGGGGGAAGUGGGCGAAAAGAGAAGCCAAAGAGAGAUGGGGAGAAAGAUAAGAAGAGGGCAGAUUCAGUUGCCAACAAGCUGGGCAGCUUUGGCAAGACUUUGGGCAGUAAACUCAAGAAGAACAUGGGGGGCCUGAUGCAUGGCAAGGGCACCAAGCCUGUUGGGAUGGGGGUGGGGUCUGGGGCGCCACCCGGUGGCAGUGAGAUGCUGGACAAGAAGAAGAAAGGAUCAAUCAAGGGCUGGAAGGGCAGCAAGGAUGACACACCUGGGGAUGUGGGUGUGUCUGAAAAGCCCACCCCGGAGUCUCCAGGUGAUGGAGGGAGCAAGUAUAGCCAGGAGGUGAGGCUGAGCUUGAGCAUUAUGAGAAUUGCCAUGCAGGGGGAACGCAAGUUUAUUUUUGCUGGAAACCUGAAGAUGAGUCACCGGCACCAGUAUCAGGAGGAGAUGAUCCAGCGUUACCUGGCAGAUGCUGAAGAAAGAUUCCAGGCUGAGCAGAAGCAGAAAGAGGCUGAAAGAAAAAUGAAUGGAGGGGGUGGAAGUGGGCCCCCCCCAGCAAAGAAACCAGAGCCAGAUGGGGGAGAAGAGCUCCUGAACCCCUCCCCACCAGAGCCCAAGGCUGCCCUCUCUACCAGCCACCCUGGGGGCUUCACUAUGCCCAGGCCAGCUGGGGGUGGUUCCCACUGCCAAGACCUUGGGAGGCAGAUGGCAGGGGGUCCCUGUGGAGGAGGACUCCCUUCUUAUGCUACCUUCCCUAGACAGUGCUCCUCAGGGCGGCCCUAUCCCCAUCCGGACCCAGUUCCUUUGGAGAGAGACAGUCAUUCUGUGGAUGGAAACCAAGGAGGAUCAUUGUUACCCUCCCCUUUUCGUGUGGCAGACAGCUAUAGUAAUGGCUACAGGGAGCCCCCAGAGCCAGACGGUCCUGGUGGCUGGGGUGGAGGGACAGUGGAAGACUUGGGGCUUCCCCUGACCCAGACCAAGUGCAAACAACCGAACUGCAGCUUCUAUGGACACCCUGAGACCAGCAACUUUUGCUCCUGCUGUUACCGGGAGGAACUGAGGCGGAGGGAGCAGGAAAGGGGUGGGGAGCUGUUGGUACACAGAUUCUGAAUGGGAGUGGAAGCUGGGAGGGUAAGGGGGCAAAACAAAGAGAGGUAAGCGCAACUGAUUGGCUCAUCAUGACCCAGCCCGCUGUGGGUGGGACUUAUGCAAUAACUUCUGUGGAACCCAACCCAGGCUUCAGGGUGUUGGGGGGAUGGGUAGCCCAGGCUGCUAAGAGCUGGCCAGGGCUGGUUAGGGGGACUGAAGAAGGUACCUCAUAAACAGUAGUAUCCCCCAUGGAACUGGGUGUGUCAGGGUAGGAGAAGCAAAUGAGGACAUUGUUGUGGUUCCACCUAAUAAACCAUCUUUCCCCAUCUUGGGGUGUUAAGGGACAAUUGGCUAUUGGGACACCAUGAAGCUAGUAGAGAAAGAGGCUUGAAGUUGGUGGAAUAAAAGACCAAAGUUCUUUGUAGGUUGGAAAAGUAUGUGACAGAGAGGAGGUUAAAAUAAAUUUACUACUGCUUUGGAUUCAGGUAGAGAGUGGGGUGGGGAUUCUCCCUGGAAGAAGCUAGCAGGAAAGGGCAAAUGGCUGGUUGGGGAUGGGGAAAGAGGGCAGUAUUUAGUUUAAAUGACGAGGUUUAUUAUUUCCUAGAUGGAAGGAAAUCGUUUUCCUGUGGUUCUUUUUCCUCCUUUAAAAAAAACAAUUUAAGAAGUCUGUGUCAUUUAUUCCAGCGUGGGGGGAGGAUUGUUUGUCCUUUCCUACCCUUUUCUGGGUCACAGUUCAGCUGGGUUGAGGUAGCUGCCAGUCGAUGGGGUUAUGACAUUUAAAAUUUUAAUGAUCUUAGUUUUAAAGCAUUUUGUGGAGGGAUAGAGGCAGGAGAGCAGCUUUUGUGUGUGUUGGGGUUUUCUUGGAUGGAUUUUGCAGAGAUAGCUUGUAGAGAUCAUGAUUUUUUGGCCGUAUCAGUAACUAAACAUGGGGUUUGGGUGGGAUAUGGGCUUGGCUUGAUGGGUGGGAGAUAACUGGCAAGACUGUUAAAAAAAAAAAAAAGCAAACCCUAAAAACCCCUAAAACCUGCUGUUCCCAUCCUAUACCACUGCUUUAAAG